UUAUUGAAUUCAGACCACCGCCAUUUGGCAACACUGGCGCUGCAUUAGCGGCAAAAAAGAUUAAUUUGGCCAUUUACGUUGGCGUAAAGUUCUGUCGCACAACAAUUAUAAAGCUCGACCAGCUGGCACAAGAACGGCGGAGGUGGCGGCAGAGAGAAAAGAGUGAAAAACAAACCAAAAGACACGGCAAAUCAGUCUAGUCAACAAAAGCAGACCAAAUGAGCACGCACUUCGGGACUAACGAGCAGCACAAACUAAGCCAAAAAUAAAGCUAAAGAUAAAAGAGAGGCAGAGGCAUCACACACACACACACACCCGCACGCACACACACUAGCACAAGCCAUUACACUAAGCGAAACCGCAUCGGAAAUCGGCUUCAAGAUGCGGGUAGUGGCCAUGGUCAGUGGCGGCAAGGACAGCUGCUACAACAUGAUGCAGUGCGUCGCCGAGGGCCACGAAAUCGUCGCCCUGGCCAAUCUGCAUCCCAAGGACAGAGACGAACUGGACAGCUUCAUGUACCAGACGGUCGGCCACAUGGGCAUCGAGAUACUGGCCAGCGCCAUGGGAUUGCCACUAUACCGGCGCGAAACCAAGGGCAAGAGCACCCAGACCGGCAAGCAAUACGUGCCCACCGAUGACGACGAGGUCGAGGAUCUAUACAGUCUGCUGGAGACAUGCAAGCACGAACUUCAGGUGGAUGCGGUGGCCGUGGGCGCCAUCCUCUCGGAUUACCAACGCGUGCGUGUGGAGAACGUGUGCAGCCGCCUGAACCUGAUAUCCCUGGCCUAUCUGUGGAGGAGAGAUCAGACUGAAUUGCUGCAGGAGAUGAUCGACUGCCAGGUGCACGCCAUCAUCAUAAAGGUGGCUGCCCUGGGCCUCGUGCCGGAUCGACACCUGGGCAAAUCGCUGCGCGAGAUGCAGCCGCACCUGCUGAAGAUGCGCGACAAGUACGGACUGAAUGUGUGCGGCGAGGGUGGCGAGUAUGAGACAUUCACCCUGGACUGCCCGCUCUUUCGGCAGCGCAUCGUUGUCGAGGACAUCCAGACGAUAAUCAGCAGUGCCGAUCCCAUCUGCCCGGUGGGCUACAUCAAUUUCACCAAACUGACGCUGCAGCCAAAGGAGGCGGCGGGCGCGGCCAGCAGCGGCGGCAACGAGGUGGUGUUCGUGAAGCGUUCACUCGACUAUAUUAGCGAUCUGAACGAAUCGACGUACAGCGACCUCAGUGAUCCGGAUUUCAGUGAAACAGAACUGGAACUAAUCGAAAAGGAGACCAGGCUGCGCGAAUCGCUUAGCCAAAGUGAGCUGAUAUCGCGCAGUAACUCCUUUGGUCGCCAUCUGGCCGCCACCGCCUCCUCGCCGAUACCCAUUGUCACGAAGAGCGCCAGCGUCGACGAGCCCACAGCGGCGGCGGCGCCGAUACUGGGCGGAGUUGGAGGACCACCAAUCUGUUCCACCUCAGCCUGUGCGUCCAUGCUGCUGACAACCACCGCCGACGGCCUGAGCAGCCUGGCCAGCUCACAGAGCCAGGGCGGUGGCCAUGGGCUCGGCAGCAGCACGGCCGCCGUGUGCGGCUCGCUGUCGCUGGCCAUCUCCUCGCUUGGGCUCAGCGCCAAUACCUGCUGUCAUCCGGGAGGAGCUGGAGGAGGAGGAGGAGUUGGAAUUGGAGUAGGAGCAGGAGCAGGAGCAGGAGCACCUUCGGCCACCACACAACCGCCCAGUCCGCUAAAGUACGAGCGGGAAUUCCGUCCACUGGCCAACGAGGCCAGAGCGGCCAUCAAUGCCAAGGGCUGGAUGUGGCUGGCGGGCAUACAGGGCUCCGGAACGGAGGGCAUUGAGCAGGGCAUGCAGCAGGCAUUGGACACGCUGCGCGAUUUGUGCCAAGCCAAGGGCUACGAUCUGCAGGAUCUGUGCUAUGUCACGCUCUAUGUUCGCUCGAUCGGCGAGUAUCCCUUGCUGAAUCGUGUCUACCAUCGCGCCUUCGACUUUCAUAAUCCACCGACACGCGUCUGUGUCGAGUGUCCGCUGCCCGAUGGCUGCCAUGUGGUGAUGGAGGCCAUUGCCUACCGCCAGCCGGUGGCCGGAACGAUAUCCAGUGCCGAGGAGCGUGAUCGCGAGGGCGAGGAGACUGCGGCGGCGCUGCUCAACGGGCGACGGAACACGAUGCAUGUGCAGGGCAUCUCGCAUUGGGCGCCGGCCAACAUUGGUCCAUAUAGCCAGUCAACCAGGAUUGGCGACAUUACGUAUAUCUCAGGCCAGAUCGCCCUCGUACCCGGCAGCAUGACAAUCAUCGAGGGCGGCAUCCGGCCGCAGUGCAAGCUCACGUUGCGCCACAUCAGCCGGAUUGCCAAGGCGAUGAACGCCCACGGCCAGUUGCGUGAUGUGGUGCACGGCAUCUGCUUUGUGACCCAUCCAGCCUUCAUUGGCGAGGCGCGUCGCCAGUGGGAGCGUCGCACCACCAAUGCCAUCAUGGACUAUAUAGUGCUGCCGGCACUGCCGCGUGAGGCACUCGUGGAAUGGCAGGUGUGGGCGCAUACGCACAACGAUCGAUUCGAUUAUGAGGAGACUGGCUGUUCGGUGGGUGACUACACCAUUUCGAUACGUCGACGAUGGAAUUACGAGAACAAUUGUGCGGCUAUCGUUUGCUAUGUGUCCACUGGCCUGGCCUCGUCCACCACCCAACUGACGCAGCUGAGCGAUGACAUUCUAGGGAACCACUGCCGUUUGGCGCAAGCGGUUAAUGCCGAACAUCUGGACGAAAUCUUCACGUACGUGGUUAAUCGUCUGCUAAAGGAUUAUCCGCUGGCCAAGAAACAGGCGUCGCAACCGACAAAUUCGGCAACUCCACCUGCCACGCCCACGCAACCGGGCGGCGCUGGCGGAGAUCAACAGCAGCCAGUGCCGGCGAUCCAUCUGAAAUUGUUCUACCAAGUGAAUGCCGCACCGGCAACGGAUCUGCUGCUACAGGCGCUGCACGAUUUCCGACUCAAGUGCCAGGAUACGGCCGCCAUUGUCUACACAGUGCUGCCGGCCUGCAGCCUGCACAACUUCAGUACGUUCCUGUCCAUUUGCGGGGUGAGGCACGAGUAGGAGCCGCACGCAGAAACUUGAAGGAUGAUGAUGAUAAUGAUGAUGAUAAGGAUGAGGAUGAUAUGGAGGAAAAUGAUGAAACAAUUUGCUGCCACCGCACCAAGCAGAACACAGAAUAUAUAUAUACACCACUAUAUAUACACAGAUAUAUGUAGAAUUGAUCUUUUUUGGUUUGACAAUGGCAGAGGGUAAUCUUUGGAUAAUUCCAAGCCAGUUGGCCUUUCUCACAUGAUAUGGUUCGCAAAAUACUACAUUGAAUUCGAAAAGCUUCCAUGUUUCAUUAACAUUUCGGCAUUACUUUUAAAGUAAGCAGUUGUUAGGUGUCUGUUGUAAAUAAUUGAGGCCAACUGGCGCCAGGUUUUAUCCACAGAUUGCUUCAUUGUUCCCACACUCUUUCAGUAACACCAGCUGCUUGCCCUUUGUUGAUAUUGUUAACUAGCAGGCGUGGCGAUUCUAAGAUCGCAAAGAUGCAGUGUAGUCAGCAUGCUGUAUCCAUAGAAUAAAUCACUUCGUGUCGCAGUUUCGGACCAAAAAAAACUCUCACAAAAUGGUAACCAAAAACCAAUAAAAAAAAACAAAAAAAAAGGAAGAAACAAAAACCAAGAACACACUCAAAACGGAUCUAUGCAACUCAAGUGUUUCAGCAACUCGCGAUGGAAAACCAAGCAUACAAAUUCAAUUCAAAGCAACUUUAUAUAUUAUAUACGAAGAAAACAAACCAUUUUUGUGCACUCUAUUGCCCAAAAGAAAGAAGAAAACUGUAACUAUACUCUUAUACAAACUAUUAACUAUUAAUCGUUUUUCGAUGUGCUUUUCUUUAUGCUCCGACUUUUUAUAUACAUACAUAUAUAUAUAUAUAUAUAUAUGUAUGUAUGUAUAUACGCAUAAAAAACUUAGCGAUUUUAUUUCACUUUUCACAAAUAGCCACAAACACAUUUGACCAAAAAAAACAAAAACACGACAGCAUUGUAAAGCAAUUGAUGUUUAUAUGUCGUUAAGCUUUAAAUAUUGUGGAGAGCAGAUGAUGUGGCCCAUUCUUCGACCACGUCGACCAUUAUUUGCAUUAUCAAUAAUCCAAUUAUAGCAAAUUCGCCAUAAAGAACCUAGAUUGUAUCAUCAAUUCUUUUUUUUAUAAUAAUUUUUUUAAUAGAUAUGGAAAUUAUCGAAUAGAGAUUAUUGAAUGUGUUGCUUAGAAUACAACCUGUCCAUAGUUUUUCCUGCACACAAUCUGCGACAGAAAGAAAACUACAUAAUUUGGCUGGAUUCCAAACCAGAAUUUUGGUCAACGUCUACUUUUAUAAUGUAAAGUACGGUACGAUAUCGACGGGGCGCUGAGCGGGGAGAUGAUAAAAAGAUUAUUACAUGCUAUUAUGUAUUGUUAUGAAAAUAUAUUGAUAUUGAAUGAGUGUCAUUACAAAAAUCGAC